ACCAAUGAGACGUGAACGGAAUGAAUGCCCCUCAUCUCUUCCUGUGAUACAACGCAAUGUUGCAUCGUAGUGACUCUGUUAUGCAUCAGUAUCGGUCUCGCGGUCGGUUGGACAUCGCCUUACUUGGCGCAAUUAACCGGCGAGGACCCACCGUUUCCCGUAACGCACGAACAAGCGUCUUGGAUAGCCUCUCUCUUGCCGCUCGGACGUCUCUUCGGCGCAGCCAUCGGUUCUCUCUUCGUAGAAUACCUCGGCAGCAAGAUGUCUGUUCUGCUAACGGGAUUGCCGAUGAUAGUUGCAUGGAUUUGCAUAACUUGCGCCAAUUCCGCCACGUGGCUGUACAUUUCCAGAAUACUGUCGGGUGUAUCAAUGGGAAUGAUAUUCAGCUGCUAUCCACUUUAUAUCGGCGAAAUUUCGGCGCCAUCGAUUCGCGGAGCCUUAGUAGGUCUAAUUAUCAACGGAAUGCCUCUGGGCAUAUUGUUCGGCAACAUAAUGGGCCCCAAUUUAUCAAUGAUGUGCUUCGGAAUCGUUAGUCUAACACUAACAUUAUGCUACAUGGGUAUCUUUCCGUUCGUGCCGCAGUCGCCGCAUUACUUUAUACGACGCAAUGAUAUUAAAAAAGCGGAGAAAGCUAUUCAAUGGUACCAUCGAAAAUCCGACUUAAGAAGUGAAUUAGAAGCCGUGGAACGUUUCGUAAAGUCAACGUAUGCAAUGACUAUAAGAGAACGAUUGGAACAAAUAAAGGAGCCGAAGAACCGCCGUGCUUUCGUAAUAAUAAUUCUGCUGUUCAUGUUUAUGCAACUCAGUGGAUUGAACACCGUUAUAUAUUACAUGGAGAUUAUUGUAAGAAAAGCGAUGAUUACAUCGAUUACACCUUCGUCCGUAGUGAUUAUCGUCAAUGCGACUGGUAUCAUUUUCGGAUGGCUUGGCGCAUACGCCAUCGAUCGCUGCGGCCGUAGAAUCCUAUUGGCGAUCUCAUCCUCCGGCGUCAUAGUCGGCAUGUGGUUGUUGAGUCUACAUUUUUUGCUACUAGACUACGACUACGAUCCCGGUGAUCUCGAGUGGCUGCCCAUUCUAUCGUUGCUGAUAUUCAUGCUAAUGUGCUUUGGUCUCGUGCCGGUGCCCAGUACGAUGCUGAGCGAAUUGUUUCCGUCAGAUCUGAAAAGUGCAGCUGGAUUUGUCGCCAGCAUCACGUCGGCGAUAUUCGCAUUUAUCUCCACUAAGUCAUAUCAACCGCUGGCGGAUAUCAUAGGCGAUCAGUAUAUUUUCUUGAUAUAUGUGGCGAUUAUGGUAAUCUGUGUGGCGUACUCGCUCACUUUGGUGCCGGAGACGAAAGGAAAAACAUUACAGGAAAUUCAAGAUAUGAUGGCCGCGGGAACGACUCAUGGAGGGAUCAUCAUGGAUCGUGAGACAGAAGAGAAAAAUACCAGAAAAGUUCAAUGGCCUCAAUGGAUUGCCGGUAUUGGAGUCACUCUGCUGCUACUACAAAUGGGAAUGAUGGUGGCUUGGAGCUCGCCGUAUAUCGCUCAUCUAACUUCGCCCGAAUCCCAGAUUCCCAUAACAAUGGACAUGGCAUCCUGGGUAGUUUCGCUUAUAAACCUAGGCAGACCAAUUGGCGCCGUUUCUGGUGCUGUCGCCGUCAACUACCUCGGGAGUAAAAGUACGAUCCUCAUCACCAGUUUACCGAUAGCACUCUGUUGGCUCUUUACAAUCGUGGCUAAUCGAGUGGAAUGGCUGUACGUGGCAAGGUUUCUCGGCGGUAUCAGUAUGGGAAAGACGUACAGCAGCUUUUCGCUUUAUCUAGGCGAAAUUGCGGAUCCUACCAUCCGAGGGGCUCUAAUUGUUUUAGCAAUGAGCGGAUUGUCGAUAGGUACCCUCGUGAUGUGCAUCAUGGGCGCAUAUUUGAACAUGAAGAUCUCUGCCGGCAUAGCCCUUGCCUUCUGCAUUAUAUUGACGGUCAUUUUCAUCUGGUUGCCGGAAUCGCCGCAUCAUCUCGUCAAAGUUGGAAUGGAGAAAAAAGCGCAAGCAUCGAUACUCUGGUAUCAUCGCAACUGCGACGUGAAAUCGGAAUUGCACACCCUGAAGAAAUUUCUCGAGACAAAUAACAGUCUACCUUACGUGGAAGUUCUCAGGAACUUGAAGUACCCGCAUAUCUGGAAAGCGUUGAUUCUCGUAUCUGUGCUCUUCAUGUACAGUCAGAUGUGUGGUAUAGUCAGUGUCAUGUAUUACAUGGAGACUAUUCUGCGAAAAGCACAAGUGACCGUCGUCGAACCGGCAGUGGUCGUGAUCAUCAGCACUUCUACCGCGAUCGUCAGCUCUCUGAUCUCCAUGCUUCUAAUCGACAAAUUUGGCAGACGUAUCAUGAUGAUCGUUUCCAGCUCAACCGUCGCGCUUUCGAUGAUCUGCCUGAGCACGGGGUUUCAACUUCUCGACGCAGGCUACGAUCCCGCCGAUCUUCAGGGUCUGCCGAUCUUCUCGAUGAUAUUCUUCCAGAUUACCAUCUUCAUCGGCGUCCUCUCGAUGCCCACCACAAUACUGGGCGAGAUCUUUCCGCCGCACAUCAAGUGCGUGGCCGGUUGUUUCAGCAGUAUCAUGGCCGGACUCUUCGCCUUUAUCUGCUCAUCGACUUAUCAGCCUUUGAUAAAUUUGCUCACGGAAAAAUAUGUGUUCUACAUCUACGCCCUGCUGCUGAUAACGGCAGUACCGUUCACGCUGUUUUGCAUGCCCGAAACCAAGGGCAAGACAUUGCAGCAGAUCCAGAAAGAUCUGUGUCGAAACGAGUGCGUUUAUCGAAUUGUUCCGACGAAUAGUUUACGAGAAACUCAUGGUGGACGAUAACUCAUUUUCUCGCGUUCAUUGUGAAAAGUUUUUCAUGGCUGGCAUCGGUGCCAAGUUUACGCUGCGGCGACCAAUAACGUUCUGAUAAAUUGCAAUCUUCCGUGAAUUUUUAUACGAUGCUAAACCAGGUGCUAGAUUACACUGUCGCAAAAUAGAGAGCGAGAGAGAGAGAGAGAGAGAGAGAGAAAGAGAGAGAGAGAGAGAGAGAGAGAG